ACACACACACACACACACACAGAACAAUGAAAGGAAGAGCAGGCAAAGGAGCUUCCUCAGCAGAUCUCUUAGUUUGUUUUCCUUCAAGAGCUCAUCUAACCCUUAUGCCUAAGCCAAUCUGCAGCCCAGCUAGACCGUCAGAACCCAACAACCACUCUCACCACCGCCGCCGCCGCCAUCAUCCUCACCAGAAUCAUCAUCUCAAAAACUCUAGCACCAGAGGUGGUGCUGGCCAGGGCAGCCCUCUUUUAUGGGCCAAAACCAAGCCCACAAACUCAGACAUUUCUGAACCCACAUCCCCAAAAGUCACCUGCGCCGGACAAAUCAAAGUUAGACCCAAGUCCAAUCCAUGCAAGAAUUGGCAAUCAGUCAUGGAAGAGAUUGAAAGGCUUCACAACAACAGAAAACAGAAGAGGCCAUCUUGGAUAGAAGCACUUGGAUUCAAGAAAGAAAUAAUGCAGUUUCUGACUUGUUUACGUAGCAUUCGAUUUGAUUUCCGAUGCCUUGGCUCAUUUCCAACACCAGAGAUUACCUCUGAUGAUGAAGAAAACGAUGAAGAAUAUAGGGAAAAACAAGUGGGUAUGGAAGAAAUUGAUGAUAGUGAAACUUCAAGAGUUGCCUUCUCCAAAUGGUUCAUGGUUCUCCAAGAAAACCAGAACAACAAUGGGAUCACAAAAGAAAAGAAUGAAGAGAGAGAAAGGUGUUAUAAAGAAGAGUCCAUCGAUGAAGAAGAAGAACCUUGUGCACCACCACCAAAUGCAUUAUUGCUCAUGCGUUGUAGGUCUGCCCCCGCAAAAAGCUGGUUAGAAGAGAGAGAAGAAGAAGAAGAAGAAGAAGAGGAAGAAGAUGAAGAUGAAGAUGAAGAAGAUGAAGAGAUCAGAGAAGAGGAAGACGAGAAGAAAGCAAAGUUGGCAAUGGAGGAAGAGAAGAGAGAGAAAGAAGAGAGAUUGGUGGUGAUGAGAUGUGGCACUGAUUUCUACAAAUUCUCUUCUGAUAUUGCAAAGGAAACUUGGGUUGUUGGUGGAAUUGGACAUCCAUUAUCCAGGAGUCGAAGUUGGAAGAGAUGAUCAUAUCAUAAUCAAGGUUUUCUUUCCUUUCUUCCAUGGAAAAGAUUUUGCUGCCAUGUGCAUUUGUGAUGUAUUAGUUGAAAAGGCUACACUUUGUGGUUAACAUGUGAUCCCUGUAAUAUAUGAUUUUUAUUCUUUAAUCUGGAUCUAGCUUAUUUCAUUUGAAAAUAAGUUCUUCGUAAUGGCAAGAGAGUCGUACGUUAAACUAUUUUUUUUUAUGUACUUUUGACAUCUGAAUGCGAU